AUGGGUAAACCAAACUCUACGAACACCUUCGAUUUCAUGCUGAAAGGACUGAGAAGGAAAUGGCAAGUCAAAGGGGGUUGGCACCUCAUUGACCUUCCUAAUGACUUCUUCAUUGUCAAAUUCAAUUUGGAAGAUGAUAUGAAUAGUGUGCUGUGUGGGGGUCCAUGGAUUUUGGCUGGUCAAACCUUAAUUGUUCGGAAGUGGAGACCGGAUUUUGAUCCUCUGAACGAGUUUAUUGGGAAAAUGGCUUUAUGGGUUAGAAUCUGUGGGUUGCCUGUCAAAUACUUUAAGGAUUAUACUGUGGCUAAGAUUGGCAGCACUAUAGGUGAAGUUGUUAAGGUCGAUCAAGUUACUCUUGGUCAAGCCAGAGGCAAAUUUGCCAGAGUUUGUAUUGAAGUUGAUCUAAGCAAGCCUUUGCGUCCUUUUGUGGAGGUGGAAUCUAUUGCUUACCAUGUUGUUUAUGAAGGAAUUUCAAUGAUCUGCUUUGAGUGUGGUUGCUUUGGUCACUCUAAGGAUAAAUGCUAG